UUUUUAAGGGCUCUGAAAAUAUAUUUAGGGUGUCAUUACAGAUUAAUAUGUGUAAAAUAUAUUUGUGCCUAUUUAUGUAAAUGUGCAACUGUAUAAUGAUAUCUGAAAACUGUGAGUAGAUUCUUUUUACAAUCGAAUCACAAAUCUCUUGUGUAACGUUAUACUGGACAUGUUAUCCAGUAUACAAAUCCAAUUACAGUAUCCAAAUACUGUUAUCCAGUAUACAAAUGCUGGAUAUCUGAAAACUGUGAGUCAAUUCUCUUUACAAUCAAGUCACAAAUAUGCUAUAUAUUGUUAUACAAGACAUGUUAUGCAGUAUACAAAUCUGUUAUACUGGAUAAUGAUAUCUGAAAACUGUGAGUAUAUUCUCUUUUUCAAUCAAGUCAUAAAUAUGUUAUAUAUUGUUUGGAAUCAAAUUGCAAGUCUUUUAUUGAUCUUUUCAAAUAUUUUCAGUCUCAGUGGAACUUUCCCAUUUAAUGAAGAAGAGGAUAUUAAUGACCAAAUCCAAAAUGCAGCCUUCAUGUAUCCACCCAAUCCGUGGAAAGACAUUUCUACUGAAGCCAUUGAUUUGAUCAGUAAUCUUCUACAAGUUAAAACCAGGAAGAGAUAUACCGUAGACAAGUCACUCUGUCACACAUGGUUGCAGGACUAUCAAACAUGGUGUGACCUACGUCGACUCGAAUCUGACGUCGGAUCACGCUAUCUGACUCAUCAGUCUGACGAUGCCAGAUGGGAAGCCUAUCGUAGAUUGCACAAUUUAGAAAGCCCACCACCCGUUCCCAAUAAUGACGAAAACCUCAUGUCUUUUGAUCCUUCCAGAAACUGUUCCGGAAUUUUUGGAAAAGUGCGCCUCUGAAACGAGAUGGAGACUCUAAUUUUCGUUUAUACAUUCCAUUUAUUAUUUUUGAAACUAAAAAUGUGAAGGCAGCUUGAAUUUACAUUUGUUGGAUAAUUUAUACAUUUGUUAAAAAAAAAAAUUCUUUUAAAUGUGGAAUCUUGAUUAAAGGGAUUUGUAUCACACCAAAAUGCAUUGUGCCAAUGUUAGGGGUAUGCUUAUCCGUGUAUUUAUACGAUCUGCUUAUUUAAUGCUUUAAAUUAACGGCAUGUAGAUCAAUAUGAAAUAUGUAUUUAAACUUCUUAUGUAAAUGUUUAUUUUUUUUUUGUACUGAAAUUUUAUACCUGUGAAUAAUAAAUAUUUAUUAUUU